AGGCCUGUCUCAAGCCCUGCCCAGGCGUUGACCUCGCUACAGUCUGUGUGCAAGGCUUUGGCUGAUGCCGCCCAAGCUGCCGAAUGCCGACCUCUCCGCGCUUUCACCGACGAGCGAGGAGUUGGCAGAUGCGCGAGCUAUCCUGCAGGAGUCCGAGAAGAACAAGAGGUCCAGGGCAGCCAGUCUGGUCAACUUCAUCACGAGUAACCCCGAGAUCAACGCCUCGGUCGGAUCUUCUCGAGGUUCUGAGAGGGGGAAUUACUUGGAGAAGUUUGUGGUGCAUCAACUGCGCAACAAUUCGGUCGUCAAGAAGGUGCACACCGUCGACGAGAAGACAAUUGGCAAAACGAACUUCAAGGACUUGACCUGGAUGUCCAAAGAGAAAAUGGACACCGCUCUCGGCCCGCUCAAAGCCGAACACUGGCGCACGUCUGGUAAAAUACGCUCCCGCCCAGACCCCUUGACAGGGUCCACGGACGAGAGCUUCCUUGAAUGGGGGGUCCCGACAGAUUGGGAGAGGCUGACAGAAGAGGACAUCAAGAAGAUGCAGCUCACGACGCAAGGCGACGCUGAGGAGGGAGACCACGAGGCGAUGAAGAACUUCGGCAAGACCACCGAUGCUGUCAGCAUCAAGGAAGAGCCAAAGGAGGAGCUUAGCGAAAUGCAGAAGCUGGCGCAGAGGGUGUCGCACGUGAAAGAGAACGCUGCCCAGCGUCUCCGCCAGAUCCAGGACAACAUACUGGAGGCCAAGAAGAUCAUCAACAUAUCCGAGAACGCAACGGACCCGACUACUUCGAGGUACCACGCCAGCCUCGUGUCCGACAUCCACAAGUACCUUGCCAAGGCCACCGAGACUUCCAAGAUCCUCGACCGCAUGGCCACCGAGGAGGUGAAAGACGAUAGCCAGAUCCACACUCUCAUCGCCAACAUGGACCAGCUCGCCAAGCAGUGCGAUGAGCUCACCACCUGGGCAGUUCGUUUUAACUUGACGGAAGAGAAGGCCCCCAAGCGCAGGAGGAAGGCCAAGGGCAAUUAGACAGCGCGCAGUUGCCAUCAGCGCAAGCCCGGAAUUCAAUUGCUGUAUUCGUGAUUCCCAGUUCGAGUCGAAAGGCGCGCAGCGGUGGAAGCAGCAUGCAUUCACCCCGAGAGUAGCUAGAACACAUGCGCAACACAAGCAUGAGCGUGA